UCGAGCGAACAAACCCCAUCCCGGUGCGGUCGCGAGCGAUGGAGUCGUUGUCGUCGUCGUGUCCGCCGAGGGAGGUCGCGGCUGAGUCGCCCUUGUCGUUGGGGCCAGAAUCGAGCGAGCAUUGCCCGGGCAGACAAGAAGAAUUGGUGUCACUGCCACCGUCGUCUCCGCCGGUAGAGGUCGCCUCUGGGCUUCCCUCGUCGUCGGCGGCGUUGACGGUGCAGGGGAAGCUUUUCGUCGGCGGCAUCUCAUCGGAAACGGGGGAGGCGUUGCUGGUGGAGCACUUCGCUGAGUAUGGCGAGUUGAGGGAGGUGACCGUGAUACGGAACCGCGUCACGGGUAACUCGAGGGGGUUCGGCUUCGUUCGGUUCGUCAAUCCGGAUGAUGCCGAGAGCGCGCUCAAUGAGGAGAUGCAUGUCAUCGAUGGAAAGACGGUUGAUGUAAAAAGAGCUAGGCGUUAUCCGUCGUGCCAUCCUGCAGGGGAGUCCAGCAGUUACUGUUUUUUUAACAAUGGCAGUAUCACUAACCCAAAGAAGAUCUUUAUUGGAGGUUUACCUGACAGCAUCGAUCAACAUGAACUCAAGAAUUAUUUUGAGAACUUUGGUUCUGUCAUGGACGCUGUGGUGAUGUACAAUAAUAUAACUCAACGGCCAAGGGGUUUUGGUUUUGUCACAUUUUCCUCCGAAGACUCUGUAGCAAUGGUAUUGAAGAACAACAACCAUGAGCUGAAAGGGAAAUUUGUAGAUGUCAAGGUAGCAAUACCCAAGAAUGAUAAUAAUUAUACCAAUAACAGAAAUAACAACAAUUAUCAUAGUUCAAGCAUUGGAGGUGGUGGAGGUCGAAGGUGGCCGAUUUAUGACGCCUAUCAAGGCUGUUAUCAUGCAACACAUGGAUAUUGUGGACCUGGUUCAUGUGGUAUUACUCUAUAUGGAUCCCAAUUUGUGAGUCCUUUGAAUGAUCCAAGGUGGAUACCAACGCUUGUGACCUACUACCCUUAUGUCAUGGGAGGCUCUGGGAGCAACAUGCCUGCGCAUGAUCAUCUUCUGUUUCAUGCAUCUGAUGACAGUAAUGGAGACUACUGCUAUACAAAUGGAGACACCUUGAAGUAGAGAGAAAUCACAAGUUGAAGGAGGCGUUAAUUGUGGUGCAAAGUAAAUGCUGAUUGGUAUGUCCUUUUUUUGUUUUAUUCUUUUUUGCAUUGAACUGCUAUUCUUGUUUAAGCUAUACAUAGUAAUUCACUGGUU